AUGCGACGCCGGCGGUUGUUCUCACAUCAGGCCAUGAUGUGGAUCCUCGUUUCCAUGGCCCUCGCUGCAAGAGUAGCAGCUGCGCAAGAACUUGCUGUAGUUCGCACCUUCGCAAGCGAGCAGGAGGUUACCGGACUCACGGCCUCCUUUGAGUUAUGGAACACGAUGCUGCCUUGUGCGGGAAGCACUUGGGUAUCUGUGGACCUUUUACUUGUCUACAGCCAGAGCUUCGACCUGACGCCCUCAGCUUUGGCGGCAGCGAAGGACGUUCAAUCGAGUUUUGAGAAUGGUACGACCUGGGCUAGAUGCUUUCGCAACGUGUUUAUCGAAUCUGCGAACCUGUCUGCCCAGGAAGAUGUUUAUGAUAGCCGAGGCUACUCGAUGCGCAAAGAUUGGGUGAAUGGUCCGAACACCGUGUUUCGGUUCAUCCUCGGAAGCUUCUUCAAUGGCACUUUCCCGGCACAGUACGACUCCUUUUAUUUCAUGGAAAUCGAUGCAGUGCCGGUGCGACCUUUCUGGCUGGAUCAGUUCAUCGCGGAGGCUACCAUAUAUCCCCGAGCUGCUAUCCGCGGCAGUCGCUACAGAGGCGACAGUUGGGACAGCUUCCAGGCGUCUCUCUCUGACGACCUUCUGCUUCACAUCAACGGUAAUGCAGUCUACAACUUGCAGCAUCCGUGGCUCCGUUGGCUUUACGAGCAGCUGGAGUCGGAGCAGUCCACUGAAUUUAAUGCCAUCGCCUUCGACCUCCGGAUGGCGAACCUAUCCCUCGAGGGCCGCGAAGGCACAAACCCUGAUGCUGCAGCGGCUUGGGUAGAGCAUGUCCCCAGCGAUGAGGACGCUUAUCGGGAAGAUUCCUUGCUGGUCGGCAAUUAUGCCAACACCUUGCUGAACUCCAGCUUUGAUGCAGGCGUGUACGUACGACACGGCGCCACAUCCAACAUCUUCGAGAAUCUCAACGACUCGCUGGUCACGCUAGCGGCUGUCAGUUUCGAUGGAUCGAGCGGUGUCUACGACCGGUUCAACCAAAGCCUUAGCGUGUACCAUCCCUUCAGGAAGGUCUUGGUCAUCUCCUACGGCCACCAUCGAGUCGCCCCAGCCGGCACGAUUGAGGUCGUGCCCGGUGAUGCUGGUGAUGCCGAGGUCACCUUCUACACGGACUCUGGGCUCACGUUUUAG